AUGAUUGCAUUCGCCUCAACUAAGUCUAGCAAGUCCCACGGGCUGUCUUAUGUCGGUCUUGCCUUGAUAUUCAUCAUUCUAUGUCUCUAUACAUUUCCCAAUAUCAGGCAGGAGCGUCUCCUACCACUAUCACAUAGGAAGCAAAGACCCGCGAAGGAGCAUGGCAGUUCGACAACUUUCAAUCGAAAGACUCAUUCAACCACCAAGAUCGUCGAAUUGCCGCCAGAUGAGAGGCCUGCCUUCCGAUACGGCAACAUCGAGACAUCUCCAAUGAAUCUCGAAGGUGAUCGGUUACGGAAGACCACAAUCAUAACACCGCCCACCCAGCAAUCGCCCAAAGAACAAAUAGCUCGACAGCUAUCCCCGUCGGCUCUUCUCAGUCGACCACUCCCAACCUCCCAGACCACCGUACCGAAGCUCAUCCACCAGAGCUGGUCAGACACCCGCCUCCCUGAGAAAUUCCGCCAUUGGAGCUAUACAUGCCGCGCCCAACACCCGGAUUGGGAAUGGGUAUUAUGGACCGACGCAGACAACCUGCGAUUAGUGGAGAAAUACGCCCCCUGGUUUCUUGACACCUACAACGCUCUAACAGUGGAGAUUGAGCGCGUAGACGCAGCGCGAAAUAUCUACAUGCACGUUUUUGGCGGCCUCUACUUAGACCUCGACGUUGAAUGCCUCCGCCCAACCUCCGCCCUCCUCUCCACUUUCGGCCCCUCCACACCAACCCGCACAGCCUACGUCGGCCGUAUGGGCACAAUCAACGAGUCCGUCCACUCCAUCCCCAACGCCUGGAUGAUGUCCACCCCCGCCCACCCAUUCUGGCUGCUCCCACUCGAAUACAUCGCGGACACGCUCGCCGAGGUGGCCGCAGAGGAAGAAAGCGAGCGCUUCCUCGAGGAGCCAAGAAUGAAGAUCCAGGCGGAAGCCAUCACCGGGCCUGGCGCUUUAUACGACAUCAUUGGAAGAUAUAAUGGUGAUGGAGGGGUCGUGGGGGCAUACAAUUGGGAGAAUAGGGAUACACAGAAUUUGGAUGAGCAUUACGCGCUUUCGGGCUGGGGCGUUGGCGAAGGCGGACCGGGUGGCGGUGUGCUGUAUAAGACCGACGCGUCUGUGAGGCAAGAGGUGCAGGUUCUACCCGACUGGGCGAUCUAUCCGUAUAGCUGGGGGCCGGAUGGGGAGGAUGUGCGCGAGAUUUGCUCGACGUGGAUUAAGAGUGAGGAUUUCAACCCGGAGUUGUGUAAGGAGAGGUUAGGGGUUGCGGGGGAGGAGGACGAUGAUGGGACGGUGACAAGGGAGGGCAGUUUUGCUAUUACGUAUUGGAGUCAUAGUUGGUCGCGUGGAGAGGGGACGGCGCAUGAUGAGUCCAGGGUGGCGUUGUUGAAUGGAGAGGGGCAUGCUGAGGAGGGUGGUGAUGAGGGUGGUGGGGAUGGGAAGGAAGGGGGUGAGAAGGAAGGGGAGGGUGAGAGUGAUGGGGGGGAAGUGCAGCAGGAAGGAGCGGAUGAUGGGUUAAGUGAUGAGGAGAAGGAGAAUGCGAAGAAGAAGCAGGAGCAUGGGCUGAGGUUCGAGCAGGAACCCGGGCUGAGGGAUCAUCGUGAGGAUAGGUUAGAGGAGGUGGAGGUCAAGGAUCAGCUUCGUGCUGUGUGA